CAUUUUGUACACACAAUGCAGUUAGGUCGUACUACGCUAUUCUAUCAGUCAUUUUUAGUUGUUCUUUCGACAUUGAUUCCAACUAUUUCCAACCAGUGUAUGUCACAUGAACGGUGCCCCGAACCACACGAUUCACAUUCUAAAUGUUGCACCGAAUUAACGAGAAAUGCAGCAUCUACAAUUCCAGCAUUUGUGGAAAUGGUUACGGAAAAGUCGAAAACUAUAACCACCACCCAACGACGCCCAACGAAGACGACGACGCUUCGAACAGCAAAGUUUUCAUUAAAAGUAAAUACAACAAUCAUCAGUUGUGGCAGACAAAUGUUAGACAAUAAUAAAAUUGUUGGCGGAAGUGAAACGAAGUUUGGGGAAUUUCCUUGGAUGGCUGUGCUGCUUUAUUCAAAGUACAAUCACAAUGUAUGUGCUGGAUCAGUUAUUCAGAGAAAAUUUAUCCUGACAGCUGCUCAUUGCUUGGUUGGACGAGCUUUGUUUAUUAUAGGAAAGCCCUACAAAGUGCGUCUGGGCGAAUAUGAUCUAACCACCGAUCCAGAUUGUAUGACCAAUUUCUGUGCACCCAAUGCCGUUGAUAUUCAAAUUUCAAGAACAUAUCCACACCCAAAGUACCAAUCAAAAGCUAAAAGCAGUUUUGACAUCGGCCUCGUUAAAUUGGUGGAUGAAAUCGUGUACAAUGAUUACAUUCAACCCAUUUGUUUUGAUAAAACUGUGAAUUUUGUCGGCGAAUGGUUCUAUGUGGCAGGAUGGGGUAGGACAGAACAAGAUUUGAGUAGUAAUCGUUUACUAAAAGCUUCUAUUCACUAUGCGAAUAUAACGAGAUGCCAGCAAGCUUAUAAUUCAAUCAACGUUAGAGACGACCAAAUAUGUGCUGGUGGUGAUAACGGAAUAGACUCUUGUAGUGGAGAUAGUGGUGGUCCCCUAAUGUUGCUAAAAAAUAGCAUUUGGUCGGUUGUUGGCAUUGUAUCGAAAGGGCCCAGCAAUUGCGGAAAGAACAAUUAUCCCGCUUUGUACACAAGAAUUGACACGCAUUUGAAAUGGUUGCAGAGAAAAAUGUUAUCAGCAUUAUUUACCGAAAGAAAACUAGUUUUUUGCAUUAAACUUAUCAGAAUGAGUGUUAACAGAAUGUUUAGCUUUAUUAGUGUAAUUUUAAUUGUUUCUUUUAUCAGCUGUGCAUUCAGUCAGUCAUGUUCACCUUCAACAACUUGUAUGUCAAUUUAUGAUUGUCCACCGAUUCUCAACACAAUCCAACAGACAAUAUCUGCUAGCCAGGCAGAGAGUUUGAGACGUUUAGCAUGCACAUCCGGGGCCGGAAGGUAUCCGUAUGUCUGCUGCCCUCAAGAAACAUCGACAGCUUAUGUACCCCAACGCUCAAUUACUCGUCCAUCAAAUGGCCGGGGAAAUGUACUACCUGGUAAAGGAACGUGUGGUGUCGAAUCCUUCGGCGAAAGAGUAUAUGGUGGUCGAUCUACCGCACUGGAUGAGUUUCCAUGGAUGGCAUUGUUGGAAUACUCAAAACCCAAUAGUCCUGUUCGCACCAUCAGCUGUGGAGGUGUGCUAAUCAAUCAAAGAUAUGUACUUACAGCGGCACAUUGUUUGGUUGGUGAAAUCGAAAGAAAAAUUGGAAAAUUGAUUAACGUGCGAUUAGGUGAAUAUGACAUAACGACUACCACCGACUGUAUCAAAUCGGAUUGCGCUGAUCCCGUUCAGAACAUGGGCAUCGAGGAGAUAAUUGCUCAUCCUAGUUACAACGAAAGAAAUCGGAAUAAAACGAACGACAUAGGAUUGGUGCGACUGGCUGAAGACGUUUUUUAUUCGGAUUUCGUUAAGCCCAUCUGCCUCCCAUCAACAGUAGGAGCAACCAGAUCGGCAACCAUGGCUUCGCUACAAGUAGCAGGAUGGGGCAGAACGUUGGAGAGUCGACAGAGCAACACUAAACAAAAGCUGGAAUUGCCGAUUUUCGAUCAUUUACAGUGUCAAGAGAAAUUUGCAACUGCUAACACGUUCAUUGAUGAUUCGCAACUCUGUGCGGGAGGCAUCUACACACAAGAUGCUUGCGAUGGGGAUUCAGGAGGUCCACUGAUGAAAUUCACGGACAACUAUUGGAUCGUCGAAGGUAUCGUGUCUUUUGGUCGAGCAUGUGGAUUAGAAGGUUGGCCAGGUGUUUAUACUAGAGUGUCAAGCUUUGAGGAUUGGAUUGAGAAUAACAUGAGACCAUAGGUCGGUGCCGUAUGAAAUAAUUUAUUUUACUUGAGUGUUAAUUAUGGUCAAUUUUCGAAUAAUUAAAGUUCAACUUUGCGCGAAAA